AUGUAUAUGACCUUCCCCGAGGCAUUUCUCCAAGAACCCUCUGAGACCCUCUGGCUUCUCAGCAGUCACACUCCUCUACCUCUCAUCCUUUGUUCCUCUCCUCUUCUGUCUCGCUCCAUCCCUCCAGCAAUUUGGUCGGGCUUCUCGGGUACAUCACUCCCUAAAAACCCUCAAGGAGGUCAGAAAGCUUCAGAAGAACUUGGUUUCUGGCCCACGAACACAAAAUCCUUGCUGUUUUGUUUCAGCGCUCUUGAUGUUCUAUAUAUAGGAUGCAAUAAAAAUGCACAUUCUCUUUUUCUGUCUGUUUCUCUCCAUCUCUCUCUCUCUCAGGGUGAUGAUGUUAUGACAGUUAUCAAAACCAAAGCCCAGUGGCCCGCCUGGCAGCCUCUUAACGUGCGUUCCGCCCCCUCCGCAGAGUUCUCGGUGGAUCGAGCCCGUCAUCUCAUGUCGUUCUUGACUAUGCUGGGCCCCAGUCCCGACUGGAACGUGGGAUUGUCUGGGGAGGACCUGUGCACCAGGGAUUGCGGCUGGGUCCAGAGACUGGUGAAGGAUCUGGUGCCGUGGGAUGCUGGUACUGACAGAGGGGUCACUUAUGAGUCUCCCAAUAAACCCAGCAAUCCCCAGGAGCGGAUUCGACCCCUCACCAGUUUGGAUCACCCACAGAGCCCCUUUUACGACCCUUCUGGUGGCCCCAUCCCACCCCUCGCCCGAGUGGUAGUGGAGAGAAUCGCAAGAAAGGGAGAGCAGUGCAAUACCGUGCCCGACACCAUAGACGAUAUCGUCGCUGAUAUUGCUCAGGAGGAGAAGGAGGAAGCUGACAACACUCCAGAGACGUGCAUCUACUCAAAUUGGUCUCCAUGGUCAGCCUGUAGCUCCUCCACCUGCGAUAAGGGUCGACGGAUGAGGCAGAGGAUGCUAAAAGCACAGCUGGACCCCAACGUGCCCUGCCUGCAUACCCAAGACUUUGAGCCCUGCAUGGGGCCGGGCUGCAGCGAGGAGGAGGCGUCCACGUGUAUGAUGUCGGAGUGGAUCAGCUGGUCUCCGUGCAGCGCCUCGUGUGGAAUGGGCAUGAGGUCCAGAGAGAGAUACGUCAAGCAGUUCCCAGAGGACGGCUCCAGCUGCACGCUGCCAACCGAGGAGACCGAGAAGUGUGUGGUCAACGAGGACUGUUCACCCAGUAGCUGUGUGGUGACCGAGUGGGCUGAGUGGGAGCCCUGCAGCGUGAGCUGUGGAGUGGGGAUGAGGAGGAGAGAGCGCAUGAUGAAGAUGGAGGCCUCAGAUGGCUCGGCCUGUCGAGCGCAGCUGGUGGAGGCAGAGAAGUGCAUGAUGCCUGAGUGCAAUGCAGUGGUGUGUAUGCUCUCUCCAUGGUCAGACUGGGGAGAUUGCAGCGUUACUUGCGGUGUGGGCAUGCGUUCUCGUCAGCGCAUGCUGAAGACGCCCGUAGAGCCCAGCCUGUGUCCGGAUGAGCUCGAGCAGAUUGAAAAGUGCAUGCUUCCUGAAUGCCCCACGGACUGCAUGCUGUCGGAGUGGUCGGCGUGGUCCGAGUGCAAUAAGUCUUGCGGGAAGGGUCACACGAUCCGCUCACGGAUGGUCAAACUAGAGCCUCAGUUUGGAGGCAUGCCCUGUCCCGAGACAGUCCAGAGGAAAAAAUGCAAGAUCCGCAAGUGCACAAAAGGCUCCCGAACCGGCGACAAGAGGAAGAGACAGGAAGCUUCAGACAGGAGGAGAGCAAUACCGAGCAAGGAGUCUGUGGCAGAGGAAAACUCAGCCUGUCCGAUACGCCCGUGGUCCAGCUGGACGGAGUGUACCAAGCCAUGCGGCGGGGGGGUCCAAGAGCGUAUGAUGUACUUAAAGAAGAAAGGCAAAUCUUCACAGCCCAACCACUGCAAAAACAAGAAGGAGAUCCGCGCGUGCAACGUGCACCCGUGCUAAAAGUGACUAUCACUGUAAUACACACACACCCCAACACACACUGAAUCAGCCCUUUAAGAGGCUGAAUAGGGCAGAAACAGAGUAGUUUUAACCUAAGGUUUCCUGAAGCGGUAUUGGCGAGGGGUGUGUGUUCCAGCUUGUAGGAUUUUAGAAUAACACACACGUGGACCAGGCCUGUUAUCCGUGAUUAGUUUUAGAUGCCUUCUUAGUGGGCGUAUAUACUGUAUCAAUGUAUAACCGACACUUUUCAGUACCACCUUCACUAAAACAUCAGUGUGCACUUCCUUUUUUAACAGUAAUUAAAUUUUUCUUUCAUUUGUUAUGAACAAUCACAUUCUUUUUGGGUAAAGGUCGGCAUUCAAAACAGAUACGUAGCAUUUCCUGUAAACAAAACAUGGUUUUCUUCAUCCCUUAAAGAUUUUGGAUGCAAUCCUAUACUGAUUUGUGAAGGAAAACAGGCCGUGAUGUGGGAUUUGCAAACAAGUUCUAAUCUGAGGGUGCCUGUAUUGAGCGAUAUCAAGGUGGGUCACCAACAAUCAAUGCCCAAUUGAUUCAGACAGCAAGUGCUUGGUGAGGACAGAGGAUUUUUUGUUCCUCGACUGUGAAGUUUUCUAGGAAAUCUUGUCAGAUAUAGGCUUAAGGUGAUGCAUUUUCCAGUCUAUGGAUAGUUUAACAUUUUAUUUCCAAACUAAAAAGCACAGGUAAACAACCAUUCAAUGUUUUUUGAAUUUAUUUUAUAAAUCGUGAAAUAUUAACUUGGAGUUGAAAAUAGAUUGUGACUUUUUAUUGCAUUAUUAGAUGUAUAAGAAGCUAAUGUAAAAUAUGAACUCAUCUGUAGGGAAAGAAAGCAUUUAAAUUAGACAUUUUCUUACUUUUAUUGUGGAAUUUUGAUAUAUUUAGCUUCAAAAAGUCUUGCCAAAGUCAAGUGUGGAAUUUCUUUUUCUCUGUCGCUCCCUCUCCCUUAUUUUCUUUUGACUCAUCCCUUCUUCUGCAAUGUUCUGCUUUUUUGAAAUAAAUCUUUACAAUAAAAAAUUAUGUGACUACA